AUGUCCAUAACGGACGGCUAUCCCCUCCUCUUUGAUCCCAACAGCACCGCAGCUCUCAACUCCAAUCUCACAAUCCGCAACCUCAAUGGAACUUGGGUGGACAUUAUCGUCCUGACUGAUCCCGGUAGCCAGAACCCCACGCAGCCGCCACAUUCGUUCCACAAGCAUAGCAACAAGUUCUUCAUAAUCGGCAGCGGUACAGGUGACUUCAAUUACACCUCCGUCAAGGAGGCUAUGCAGGCGCAGCCCGAGUCCUUCAACCUCGACAACCCCCCAUUUCGCGACAGCUUCGUAUCAAGUGCCGUUUCGCCGGGCAUGCCAACCUGGAUCGUGAUUCGCUACCAGAGCAUGAACCCUGGCGCCUUCAUCCUGCAUUGCCACAUCCAGCCUCAUUUCGCGGGUGGCAUGGCCAUGGCAAUGCUCGACGGCGUAGACAAGUGGCCCGCAAUCCCGGCAGCGUACUGUCCGGAUGGCAGCGGCACCGGGAUGUAG